AUAUUUUAUAUAAGCAGUAGAACAUAAUCGGCACAGGACUUGUGCAUUACAUAAAGAAGUAGCUCAAUUGGAGCCACGCAAAUUAUGGACCAGUUAAGGAGGUGCGGAAGCGUUGGUGAUAUGAACAGUCCGCGAGAACAACGCUGCAAUGUUUGCCAACUCCGACGUGUAUACAAUACUGCUGUCGUCUGGUGCUCCGAAUGCGAGGAAGCGCUAUGUUCCGAAUGCAAACAAUAUCACGGCCUGAUGAAAAUGUCCAGAAACCACAAAACAGUUUAUAUAAGCGACUACCAACGACUCGCCCCAUCUGUUCUUGCUAUUAAAAAUCGAUGUGAUGAUCAUGAAGAGAAGUUUGAAUAUUUUUGCGAUCGCCAUGGUAAACCAUGCUGUAUCAUUUGCAUAAAAGAUCGCCACAAGGAAUGUCGCGAUUUAAAACAAAUCAGCGAUUUAAUUAAAGAUUCGAAAUCUUCAAACGAGUGCAUAACUAUAGAAAGGGGUCUGAAAAACGUUCUGCAAACCAUCGACCGCGUUCGGAAAGAUAGAACGGAUAACAUAUUAACCCUAGAUGAUCAGGCGACCCGAUACCAAAACGAACUCCGAGAAAUGAAGCGUGCCAUUAACGACCAUCUUGAUCGAAUGGAAAGCCAAUUUCUUGACGAAAUGGCAACAAAACAAAGGGAAAUGAAAUCAAGGAUCCAAAGAGUAAUUGACGAUAUUGACGAACGGAGAGAAAAAGUUCAAAAGAAAAUCCGAAAUAUCAACGCCAUGAAAAGGUAUGCAUCUGACCUUCAGAAUUUUCUUGGUAUCAGGGGAAUGGAAUUCGAUGUCAAAAACGAGCAAGAGUACUUGAAAGCUUUAAAAGAAAAUGGUAGUCUCGACAGCCUGGACAUGUUUGUGCAUUUCCAUUCGUUCUCAGCUCUUGAAGCCAUCAAGAAUAAUGUCACGGUUUUAGGACGUAUCACAACAAAAACAACGAGAUGUACGCUGAAGGUCACGCCACAAAAUUCCAACCUGGACAGAUUCAAGUCGAUUUCAUGGUGGGAUCUAAAUGACAAUUGACGAGUUACGUUUGAAAUAAGAAUAAGUUAUACUUUCCGUAUCUGAUUUGUUUGCAUUGUUUUGAUAACAAUAGUUUGUAAGUAAUGUAGGAUAAACUGUUUUGGUCGUUUUAAUCGGAAGUGACGUAUGGUUUUCGUCUUGUUUUCUCUGUCAUAAAUCCAGCUUUACAAAGAUUAUUUCCGGAGCGGUUAGAGGAGACUUUUUGUUAUGUUUCUUUAGUUCAAAACUAAGGUUUGACACGUUAGAUAAAGGGAACGCACUGGUAACUGAAUGAGUUUCGUCGUUCAGCAAUCUAACUUUAUUGUAUAAAAAAUGUAUCGACAAGGAUUGGAAAUAAGCGAUUUAUCUAUUUUUUCCUUCUUAAAGCACAUAUUUGUUGGAUAAAACAUGGCGGUGAGAAUUUCUAUUCGUAGAUAGUUACUGUAAGACUUAUAUCUAAAGUAUGAUUUAUAAAGUAUGAUGUAAUUCUUAUCUGGAGUAAAUCUUGUCGUUAAAUCUGAGUACAACCAGAAUAAAAAUACCAUUGAAAGAUAGGACUCCAAUUAAAGAUCAGGAACUAUUAAGUGCACGCUUUAUCAGUUUUUCUUAUAUCAAGGUCUUUCAAGCUUUUAGGAUAUUACGGGAGAUCACUCAUAAAAAUCGCUGUAACGUUUGUGUCAUCACUUUCCGUAAAUAUUUUUAAAGCUUCUUAGUAACAAAGGUAAUUUAAAUUUAAUACAGAAAUGUUAGUCCUUUGCUGCCUUUUGAAUAAUUGACCAAACGGACACCUAACCACUUGCUAUUGGCUUUUAUUACAUUACUUUCAAUGGUAUUUUCAAACGCUGUGUAUAAUUUGUGUAUUUCAUACAAUUGCUUGACACUAACGACACAUAGGUUUGCUUCGUUUUUUUUAGGAUUCUGUAAUAUGGAACAUUGUUGUAUUUAAUAUUGACGUCACAGAUAUGUCUUAAAGUAUUUUUAUGGUUGUUAUUUAUUUCUUAUGUAGGAUGAAAAAAGGAAAGUGAAAUAAAUAAUGAAUAAAUAAACCACAUUGUAUGGGUUUGAAUAGACAAAAAAAUGUGAUAGUCA